UGCUACUAAACCCCGCACUGAUGCACACUUUCCGUGCUCAAACAGCCCUUCCAAGUCUAGUCCGUCUAGUCCGUCUCUUGGAGUCACCUGCCAAUCUCUACAAGACCGUCGCAGGAACAGAAUUGGAUCCUCUUCCCUCCCGGACACUUCCAAACCCGAUAACAACUGUGUCUGUGUCAUAGUAUUUGACAGUCGAAGUUCUGCUUUAUGACCAUUUUUUUAUUAUUGUUACUUUCAAGGUGUGUAAUCUCUCAGCAAUUUAUCCGUUUGUGGAAGGAAGCUUACUGGGGUACUGGAUCAUUUGAGAAUUUGGCAUCUGUGAUAGUUUCAUUCAGGGCGUGAGGACCAGCUACGUUUGGAGGAGCCCCUCUUUUACUAAAUUUGUCGACACAGAAUUUGUUUCGAAAGUCUUGGAAGUUCCUGGAAUGGGCUCUGAAUCUUCUAAGAAUUGAUCAAGGGAACGGAGAUCCUUUGAGGGACCAAGUAGCACAGGAUCUGUUUCUUUUCAUUUUUUUCGUAUGAGAUACGAAACAGUCUGAAUACGGGCUUUUCGAAAUAUUUAUUCGGUUCAGAAGGUCAAGAUUGCAGGGGUUGCUGCGACUGUUGUCGUGCUUGUGGUGUUGCUCAGCACAGGUGGUGAGGAAUCACUUGAAGGAUUUGGUUCAGUUCCAAAUAGAGUGAUUAUGGCGACCAAGGUCGCUAACAGCUCGGUAGCCAUUGCCAUGGCAUUCGCAGGGCGUGCUGUGAGAGCUUGCGAUGUUUGCGCUAAGAAGAAUGCGCACUGGUUUUGCUCGGCAGAUGAUGCGUACUUGUGCACGGCAUGUGACACGCAGGUGCACUCUGCGAACGCGCUGUCACUUCGCCACGAGCGAGUUCGUCUUUCCCCCAAUGGCACGCCCAUGCUUUCGCUGGCCAAGGAAUCCAAGGUCCCAGAUGAGGCAGGUUGUGGUAUUCACCGCAUGAAGAAACUGCACCCAGCUCCUAAGCAGGUUCAGCCUGCACGCAAGCGCUCGAAAGUGACCAAGCCGUAUUCUCACCACUUGAGGAAGCUGACCAGGAUGGUCUCGAAGGACAUGAUGAAGUCCGAGGAUUCUGUUGCUGUAAAGGCAGAGCUUGAGCUGUUCGAUUUCCUCGACACAGAUGAAUUCCUCAACAACGGAAACCAGGAGGUCCCAUCUCUGUCUACUGUAAUGGACCCUGACUCUCCCUGUUCCUCCGAUUAUGACUUGCUUUCAUCGGAUUAUGAAAUUCAGGAGAGCGAUCACUUGGCUUCAGCCGAUUCGUUUGCGUCUUACUUCAAGGGCAAAGCAGCUCACUCACAAACCUUCUCCGAUGACAGCGACCAGUUUCUAGUUCCGGACGCUUUCGACUUCUGUCUCAAUGUCGACAUGCCAGUCGCGACCACCACCCCUGCCGAUGCAAACAUUGACCUCUCAGGGGAGGCAUUUUUUCUUCCUGGUGAUAUUCCCGGGCUUGAUGGAUUCGAGAGCUUCGUCCCAGAGAUGGGCCUCACAGACGACUUCUCCCUGACCUUCGACCUCGCGCUUCAGAAUGGUUUGGAGGCGCCUAUCGAAGCAACCGAACCCGCAAAGUUCGAAUACAAACCCAAUCCAGCAGAACCCGACCACAUCACGGCCGGUCCCUUCGCCAAGUUCUUUGCUCAGAAGCCUAAAGCCGAGUCUCAGGAGCUAAUUUCUCCCGAACAGGUGAAAAGAGAAGCCAUGGAGAUGCUCAAGUGCUGCCGCGAGGGAGACCACGAGGGCUUGAACAUGCCCUCCCUCAAGUUGAACAUGAAAGACAUUCUGGCUGAAUGGUCCAACAGAGGCGAGCCAUGGAUCUCAUCCGAUGACUCGAUCUCCUCAGGCAGUGAUGUUGGUCUAGUCCCAGACAUGGACGCAGUAACCGCCGAUGAGAGUCAGAGCGGCGGCGACAGGGAUGCCCGAGUACUCCGCUACAAGGAGAAGCGCGCUACGCGACUGUUCUCGAAGAAGAUCCGGUACGAGGUCAGGAAGGUGAAUGCUGAGCGACGCCCUCGCAUGAAAGGCAGAUUCGUGAAGAGGACCUCCAGCAGCUCGUAGCUUUCACCAAUCGACGCACUCCCGCCCAUCCAUUUGAUUAUACAUAGAAUUUUCAUUGCCGUAGUUAAGUUCAACGAGGUUCAUCGUGAGAAAUGCGUCUCCGUCGCAGUCCAGGGAGCAGCGCACAGGAUAGCAAGGUUUGGUCUGACAGGUAGCCAAGAGCGGCACUGGGGUAGCUCUUCGUCGACUUCAGCGUCGCCUUGACGAAGACGACUCGAUCAGUCAAAUUUUGACCCAUUUGAGUAAGGUUUUUGCCAUGCUUGCACAAAAAGAAGAAAACAAACAAAAACAAAAAUGCUAGAUUCGAAGGUGGAUACCUGGCAACGCCGUGUAUCAUAGAGACUUUCUCCGAAGCUAGCUGCAACAUUUCCGUGGCUUCCAGUGAAGAUGUUCCAAGUCUGGCGGUAUCAAGGUCUUUAAUCCAAGUAUUGUUCAAAGGUCAAGGUUUACAAGGAAUAGGACUAGUCCCACGUUGAGCGUGGGAUCAGCGGUGAACCUUUUUUGCCAUCCUCGAGAUGGUUCAUUUCGCAAGGCUCAGUACCGCACUCGUGCGGUUUUUUCAGAGAAGGUGUUACAUUCAUAGUUUUUUCCAUGGAUUCUCGAUCAUUAGCCUGGCGUCCAGCUUGAGGUUGACGAGAAUCGAUAGAAAUGUUACUUCGUUCACGUCCAUGUUGAUCGCGAAGGACACAAUGGGUAUCUUUCGUCGAUAAUAUUUUUUCGUUUCAACAGAUGUGCUGUCUCGAAUGCUGUGCUUAUGCAACAUGAUCUUCGCAAAGGAUGAUCUGUUGGUAUAGAGUUGCAUCCGGGGAUUUGAUUAGCAAGUCGUGAAAUGUAAGGAUUGAUCAACAGGGCAGCAGCGAUUAAUAUUUGCAUCGCUCUUCUGUACAUAUUUGUGCAUCAUUUUAUUUACAAACCUGGUACACGAAGGUGAUUACUGGUCCAUUUUUCUGUAUCA